GCCCCGGCUGCUGCGGCUCGCGGCGCACGCGCUCCAAGCCCGAGUUCAUGCCCGAGUCCCUAGUACGCGCAACACUCAAAAAUAUACUUCACACGAUGGAUAAGCUUCGAAAUAUUAUUGUUUUCGCCGCUGUACUAGCGUCAGGGACCUGCAACACAAGCAUGUUCGGAACGCGCUGCUCGCGGCGCGACCCCGCCGUGGACGCGUGCCUGCUGCGCGGCUUCAACUCGCUCGCCGAGCACCUGAAGGGCGGCGCGCCCGAGCUGGACAUCGAGGAGGACGAGCCGAUAGUGAUCGAUGAGCUGUCGAUAGCAUUGGGGGGCGGGCCCGACGGCUACCGGGCCACCUUCAAGGACAUCCACGCCACCGGGGUCUCUAAUAUGACCAUCACUAAUGUCAGGUCCGACCUGGAGACGCACCAGUUCCAGCUGACGCUGUUCGGGCCGCACAUCAGCGCGCGCGCGCGCUACCGCUCGUCCGGCGUGCUGCUGCUCGUGCGCGCCUCCGGCGGCGGCGACUACUGGGGCGAGUACGACGGCGUGAAGGCUAAGGUGUACUUCCGCGGGGCGCCGUACGAGCGCGACGGACGCACCUACCUGCGACUGCAGCAGCUGAAGCUCGACUUCUCCGUCAAGGACAUCCAGAUGGGCGUGGACAACUUGCAGAACGGGAACGCCGUGCUGCAGGCGGCGCUGAACCUGUUCAUCAACACGAACGCGCAGGAGCUGCUGAAGGAGAUGAAGCCGGAGCUGAAGCGCGACCUGGCCGACAAGAUGGCGCGCUUCCUGGCGCGCAUCCUCCACCACAUCCCCUACGACGAGUGGCUCGUCGACUGACCACCACCACAUCCCCUACGACGAGUGGCUCGUCGACUGACCACCACCACAUCCCCUACGACGAGUGGCUCGUCGACUGACCACCACCACAUCCCCUACGACGAGUGGCUCAUCGACUGACCACCACCAUCACGCACCAUGGCCGCCUCUACCUAUACCGAAAGUGUUACGCCAUAUUCUGCCACCAGAGUGCAGCACCAGCUAUUAGUAUGCUUUACUGACCAAUUGACCAUACAUGUACUAACUUAUGUUCUGAUCACGAGGGCGUUGCUGCAUCAAAAGCGGUUUAUAUGUACUAGAUAGCGGGGCUACCAGAAUCCACGGUUGCCACGGUGCUUCCCUGUCCCACUCACGUGAGUUUCCGAGUGCGAAAAGGGGCAACAGUCAAUACGCCGAUCAUACACACUCGACAAUCUGGUAGCGGUGUCCUGUGCGCAGAGUUUUGAGUAAUAUCCCCUAACCCUAUUCGCUAAACAUAACUUCUUCAUAACUACUCUUUGAUCAUUUUAUUUAUAAUAACGUUAGGUAUACCUUCUCAUGGGUAGUGUUACUGAAUGUAGCCAAGGGAAAAAAAUCAUUGUCUUUAUUCACUACUUUUGACGUGACCUACAUGUACAAAGGAGUAAGAAUAAGUCAAUUGUGUUAAUGUUAUUUAAGACUUGAUACUAAUAAAUAAUACGUAUUGCGUUCUUCAGGGGAACCUUUUAGGCGUUAGAAAUGGGUAUAUUUACAAGUACUUCAUUAAAUAUUUAAAUCAAAUUUACCCUGUCUGAGAAUUUAAAUACUAAGUACAUAGUCAGUACCUAGCUAGUAGAUACCUAAAAUAUUCAACAUGUGGCGUCAGAAAUACUCAGUAAACAAACAGCUCAUCUCAUAUAUACACAUAUCCCGAGGGAUUGGGAAAAAAAACGUGUGCUGCUCACAUAUACUAUGUACUUGAACACAAGUUUUGUACACGUACGAGUAUAACAUACUCGUAUGUUUACGUACUUACAUAAGUACACAUCUACUUAGGUAAUUUUUCAUUCUUAGAGUAGCUACUUCUGAUUUACGCACACCUAUCAAGGUAUAAUAGUUGACUACUCAUUUUACUAAAGAUUUAAAAUUUAAUUAUAAAUAAGGAAAAUGUUCAAUAUAUUUCUUGGCUGUGUCGUAGAGGUACGAGGUACUCAAUGGUAUCAUAGCAGAUAUCAUAGAUCCCAUAGUAUCACUAUGUAUUUUUUUUCCAAACUUGUAUAUGUAUACAAUUAUAGAUAUGUACCUACAACUAAGACUGAAUAACAAAGAUGGGAAACCUAACAAGGAAUGUCCAUGUAUGUAAAUGGAAAUGGAAUCACUGGCAACACAAAAACACAAAUGUAGUAUAAAUAAGUAUAAGGUAGUCGUACUACCUAUUAUGCAACAAAUAUAUUAGUAUACAUACAUA